GAAAAACGUGUCACCGUGCUAGUAACAGCAGCCGUGUUCGUGAAGUGUGAUUGUUCUGUUUUCACUCAACGGGGAAUCAAAAAAGUGACCAAAUCAGAAAGAUGGCCACAUCGAGCGGUGCGAAAAUUACGGAAAUCUUGCUGGAAACGGAGCGGGUCGGCGAUCGCGUGCUGGCGCUGAAGCAGGAGUUGAUAAAUCUGGACCGGCGACGGCAGGAAACGCGCGAGGCGAUCCGAACCGUCCAGAAGAACUUCCCGGACCGGGACGGGCAGAAGGUGUGGAUCACGGUCGGUUCCAUGUUGAUGAAGAUGCCCCGCGGGAAGGCGCUGGAGCUGCUGGAGAAGGACGCGGCACAGAUUGAGGCGGAGAUUGGCACGCUGAGGACGGAGCAGAAGGUGCUGGUCAGCAGGCAGCGCGACCUGGAGCACGAGACGCCGCUGCGGGGGUUCGACUUGAAGCCGCUGAGUCGGGCGGAACUGGGCGCGAUCGGGGCCGCCGUGCCGCGGGUUUAAAGAUCUCUCUCAAUCCAAUUGCUCGUUAGGGUUUAAGUCUAUUUUUAAGUAAUAAACAUGUGAUUCUGGAUAAACUGCUUUUAA